AUGCCCAAGGCUAUGCACCAGAGUCCAGCAAAGUAGACCAAUAAGGCAAUGAUCGAGGAAAUGAGUCCGGUUGAUACGACGUCGUACGGGAGUGCUGGUUGCUCACCCCGAAGGUCUUCCCCAAAACCCAAUGAAAUGAAAAAACAUCACAUUGAUGGUUUCAUCUGAAAAAUUGUAAGCAAUUUCAAAGAGAGAGAGAGAGAAUUUAACUAAGGUUUUUCAACGAUGAGCGAAGGGCCGAAACUCUACGCCAACAAACCCAAGAAAGCUCAGCGGAAGCAAUAUCAGCAACAACAGGCAUCUGCACCGUCGUCGAUAGCGUCGUCGGGGUCGUCAACGGGAUCUCAGGCUGCUAUAACUCCCGCUCCUCCUCCUCUUCCGCCGACACCGCCACCUCAGCCGCCUAAAGAAUCAUUUGCCCGUCGCUAUAAGUUCCUCUGGCCACUUCUAUUGGCUGUCAAUUUCACUGUUGGAGCUUAUCUUUUCACGAGGACGAAGAAGAAAGAUGUGGGUACAGAAGAAGCCGAGUCCCCCGAUGUUCCUAGCACUCCUGUCUCAAUUUCGGCCGCAAUUGCUACAGUCACUGAGAAGUCACCUACUCCACCACCGGUCUUGGAGCCUGCAAAGUUGCAUGCACCAAUACCGGAGGAUCAGCAACAUGAAUUAUUCAAAUGGAUGUUGGAAGAGAGGAGGAGAGUGAAGCCAACAGAUCCCGAAGAGAAAAAACGCAUUGAUGGAGAGAAAGCCAUUCUCAAACAGUUCAUUCGUACCAAGACCAUUCCAAGCUUGUGAUUUGUAUAGCAGUUGACAGAUUUAAAAUCUCAAGUGAGAUCUGAAUUUGUUCCUUUACUUUUCUUUAUGAAAAAAAAUCAGUGAAGAAGUUUGCAUCUUAUUUUCCACAA